UCUACUGUCAUGUUAGCAGAGGUCAGAACCAAACUUCUCCUGGAGAAACAGCGGAACAGAUGUUUACUCAACACUCUCACUGGAAGGCCUCUCCUGGAGUCAGGCUGCGUUGGAAAUGUGAACAACACUUUAGAACUCAAUAGACAUCUAAUUUCACAAGAAAACUUAAUGAUCCCAAUCUCAAGACAACAAACUUCACAUAACGGCAUGGUGGAUUAUUUAUUUGUGAUGCUGGAAGAGAAACAAACCAACCUAAGUAGAGACUUAGAUGAGCUACUGCUGAACUUGGAUCUGGAUCUUAUAGAGCCUUUCUCUAGCAUCUAACAGAGGUAAAAUCUAAACCAAGUUUGAGUUCUGAGAUCAUUAAUCUGUACAUACGUGAAAGAAAAAAUAUGUAUUCUCUGAGUUAAUAAAAUUUUCCUUGGUGAACUCAAAA